AUGUGGAAACGCUCACCCAAGGAGUCUGAGAAAGACUCAACUCAACAUCUCUCUGACCUGGGCCUCCUGGGUAGAUCGAAAAAGUCUAAGAAAUUUCAAUCACAGCCAGAUUCCUCUCGUUCUCCCCUACGCUCCUUUCGCUCAUUCACCCGAAGCGUGGUAGACCGACCUGGGAGCAGUCUUUCCAAUCAGACCGACAGCACCCGGCCAAGAGCACCCUCGGCCUUCACUGAUCCCGGCCUGUCUGGCCCUUUACAUUCAAGUCACUCACGAGCCUCCUUCCACUCAAGAUCGGCACAGACCACCGGCCAGAUGGAGGUGGAUCGCACACGCACACGGAGGGAGAGGACCUUCGUUGGUACCAAUUGCGCCGUUUGCGACGAGCCCUUGGAGCACACUUUGCGCGGCGAGCGUGUCCUGCAGCUGUCGUGCGCCCAUGUCUCCCACGAGGCCUGUUUCUACGAAUACGUCCGCGAGUUUGACGGACAAGACUGUCCAGAAUGCAAUGCGCCUUUGUCCUUGGACACAAGUCGCGGAGGAAACGUGUUGGACAUUGACAAGAUCAGCAAGAUCGUGCGCUCCGUUACAUCAAAUGAUACCGCCACAGUGCGCAGUGGAUUGACCACUCCCACUCCGUGGGAGCAAUCCUCCACUCGACGGACCCCCAGUGAUGCGGGCAGCCGCUACACCGCAGCAACCCGCGAGCAAUCCUAUCAGCCGUCUACCAGAGAGCCAUCAUACAGCGCCUCAGGGCGAGAGCCUUAUUUACCAAGGGAACAGUACAACCCGUCAGCAAGAGACCCAUCUUAUCACCGGCGUGACAGCCGGGAUACAAGCAGUCAGCGUGACCGUGUAGAACGAUUGACUGUUGGCUCCCACAAUCGCCAACCGCACUCUCGGAAUGGCAGCGCCGCAGGCUCCUCUGGAGAAUACACCGAAGGCCAGCACACAAGCACUGGACGUCGCCACGAUUACGAUGUGCAUGCUAUGGAAUCAGAGCUGAGUCCUCGCCCGGGAGUCGCCAAGAACCCCAUACCCGCACCCAUUGUCACCGUUCGCAGCGAGUUCCCAACUAUGAAUCGAUCCCGUCAGCAGCAGACUCUCACGUGUUUGAUUACUGUUGAGGUCCCCGAAGCCAAUUGGAGGCCAGACGCAGAGGACCUUCGACACACGCCCAGCGGCCAGUCCCAGCCGGAGGAGCCUUACGCAGUGCGAUCUGCGAGUGGGCAAGAUGCCCGUUCUAUUCAGUACGAACCGACGGAGAACAUGGAUGAAAUUGCCGAGGAACUGCGCAACCGGGUCGACAAUUGGCAUGGUCUUGAGUUCAACCGGUUCGGCAAGCUGCGCCUUCAUGGACAGAUGCGCGUUGGAAAGGAUCGUGAUUCAUGGCAGGAACUGGAAUGUUAUCUUUUCGGGGAAAUGCUCAUCUGCGUGAAGGAGAAAAAGUCGUCCGAUCCGAAUCAGUUUGAUGAGAGUGGGAGGCGCAAGCCUGUACGCUACACCCUCAAGGGUUCGAUCUUGAUUAAGAAGCAUCUCAAGUCCCUUGACGCCUCGGCCGAUGAACCGAUUCUUGCACUCAAUCUCUCCGUCAGCGAAUUGCCUUGCUUCUUCCUUCGUUUCCCGAACCGCAACCAGCUCGAGACGUGGCGCCGGUCUCUGAUUGAUCUGCACCCUGUCGAGAAUAUUUCGCGCCCCAAUGAUUACGACUAUGAUAAUUCUGGCGAGGAGGAUGAUUUCCGUGGCAGUCGCAUUCAAAGACAGGCUUCUCUCAACUCUUCAUACGGUGCCGGCAAGUCUGUCAACACGGCUAUCACCGAUUACACCAACCCGGACACGGACGUACCUUCCAUCAACACUAUUCAUAUUCCUCUCGAUCUUGUCGUGGUCAUUCCCGUGUCCUCAUCAAUGCAGGGCUUGAAGAUCACUCUCUUGCGUGAUGCGCUCAGGUUCCUUGUGCAAAACCUGGGCCCUCGGGACCGUAUGGGGCUGGUCACUUUCGGCUCCAGCGGUGGCGGUGUGCCUCUGGUAGGCAUGACCACCAAGUCUUGGGCUGGAUGGCCAAAGAUUCUUGAAUCAAUCCGCCCCGUGGGACAGAAGAGUCUCCGUGCGGAUGUUGUCGAGGGCGCUAACGUGGCCAUGGACUUACUGAUGCAACGGAAGGUCAACAACCCAGUUUCAACCAUUCUUCUCAUCAGUGACUCGUCCAUCUCCGACCCUGAAAGUGUCGAUUUCGUGGUUUCUCGCGCCGAGGCCGCCAAGGUCAGCAUUCACUCAUUUGGUCUCGGACUGACCCACAAACCCGACACCAUGAUCGAGCUGUCCACUCGCACCAAGGGCUGCUACUCAUACGUCAAGGAUUGGAUGAUGCUCCGCGAGUGUGUCGCUGGAUGCCUAGGCGCAUUGCAGACCACUUCUCACCAGAACGUCAAGUUGAAGCUUCGUCUUCCGGAGGGAUCACCAGCCAAGUUCGUUAAGAUCAGCGGUGCUCUCCACACCACCAAACGAGCUACUGGCAAAGAUGCCGAGGCAGCUCUCGGCGACCUCCGCUUUGGAGACAAGCGCGACGUCCUGGUCCAACUCGUCAUUCAGCCCGAUAAUGCCACCCAAGACAACAUGCCUCAAGAUCCCUGGGAGAGCCUGGUCUCCGGGCUGGAAGCACUUGGCGGUGGCCCAGACGGUGACGAAUCACGCGUGGUCAGCGUCGAAGAAGUACCCCUGAUCCAAGCCGACUUGACCUAUGGCGAUCUUCUUCGUGACGGCCACCUCACUCACUCCCCUCGCCCAUCACUCUUGGCAAUCACAAUGCUCCCUCCCAACCCACGUGCCAAGGGCCAACGUCCUUCAACUCCUCCCAUCCCCCCACACCCCUCCAUCGUCCAACGACGAAUGGAGCUGCUCACCUCCGACAUGCUCACCCGUGCCCUCACCCUGGUCUCUCGAGGCCAGCACGACCGCGCCAUGCACCUUCUUAAUGAAACCCGAAGUAUACUCAAGGGUCUGGGCAAAGGAGGUCUUCCACCCCUGCCCCCAGCUGCCCGCUCAGGCAGCGAACCCGACAGCCGUGGCGGCACACCCGUUUCCGCCUCAUCACCCAAGUCUUCGACCUUUGGCGAAACCCACUCUUCCGCCUCGGAGACCAACACCAUCACACCUUCCUCCUCAGUUGAUGCACAAACCAUGAUUGCUCUCAACGCAGACCUCGAGUCCUCUCUGGAGUGGAUCAACCACCCCGCCGUCUUCAGCCGUGAUUCCCGCAAAGCCGUUCUCCAAAGUAUCGGUGUCAUCUCUUCUCAGCGCGCUUACACUUUCCGCACAGCGUCCGAGGCACACUGGGCCCAGCGCGUCUCUGGAAUUCGGCGGUUGACGGAACGAUCUCGUGACUGGCGUGAGACUGGCGAUGAUGCUUUGACCGAGGAGUGA